AAGAGAGAAAAAUGAAAUUUCAUACUUUAUCAGUCUAGGGAAUAGUAUAGCUUUUCUGAUCCUGUUGUGAUGUCUUCUCUUAACAGGUGUGGGGGCACGGUUGGUGCUAUUUUUACUUGUCCACUAGAAGUCAUUAAGACACGGUUGCAGUCUUCAAGAUUAGCUCUUCGGACAGUCUAUUAUCCUCAGGUUCAUCUGGGGACCAUUAGUGGAGCUGGGAUGGUGAGACCAACAUCCGUGACACCUGGGCUCUUCCAGGUUCUGAAGUCAAUCUUGGAGAAGGAGGGACCAAAGUCACUUUUUAGAGGCUUGGGUCCAAAUUUGGUUGGAGUUGCGCCAUCAAGGGCUGUGUACUUUGCGUGUUACUCCAAAGCCAAAGAGCAGUUCAAUGGCAUUUUUGUGCCUAACAGUAAUAUUGUGCAUAUUUUCUCAGCUGGCUCUGCAGCUUUUGUCACAAAUACCUUAAUGAAUCCUAUAUGGAUGGUUAAAACCCGGAUGCAGCUAGAACGGAAGUAAGUUAUUAAUUGUUCCUUCCUAAAUAUUCGUGGAGAUUUUCUUUUUCCUCCCAACUCCAGUUGUGAAAUGAGAUGUACAGAGCCCUUAGGCAUCCCCAUCCUUGUUUUUUCCUGAAUAUAAGCUAUAUGUAGAAACUCCUUUUGUUUUGAUAUGUCUGCUGCCAGCCGUUGUGGGGAUAUGAGAGCCAACAGAAGUUACCACUCGGGGGAGGUUGGAAGCUUAUGGCCCCUGAUCUGCUCCUAACUUCUCUCAGAUAGUUGGUGGGUCUCCGCUCUUGGCCGACCCCACCCUCAACUGGAGCGCUGUGGGCUCCUCCAGAUGGCCUCUCUUUUAAGUGGGAAGAAGCCGGUAAGGGUAGAAUGGC